AUGAGACCAGGUGCUAAAAAAUCUGUUGUUUGGGAAUAUUUCGAUAAAAUAGAGGACCGUCAAGUGAAAUGCAGGGUAUGUAAAAAAAUAUUAAAAUUUUUUGGUAAUACUACUAAUCUUCAACAGCAUAUAAAAAGAAUACACCCAACACUUUUAACAAUUCCAAUAGAUGAACCUGUUACUACAGAUUUGGAGCAAACUCCCAGUGUUAUUAAUCAGGAGGCAGGGCCGUCUUCAGCUUCAGAGCCUUUAUAUGGAUCAGAUGACGUUCACUUACCUCUACCAAAACCAAAACGUCAAAAGCAAAUGAAGCUGUUUGGCGCUCUAAAUGAUGAUUUAAAAGACAGUGACAUAGAAAAAAUUGACCGCGCUCUAGUAACAAUGAUAACCAAAGAUUAUCAACCCCUCUCUAUAGUGGAAGACCAAGGUUUUAUUGAAUAUUCUAACUUGCUGCAACCCAAAUAUAAACUGCCAAAUCGUAAAAAGCUUUCGUAUGAACUUCUUCCCAAAAUGUACACUCAAGAAGUUUCUAGGCUAGAAUCAUUACUUAGUGCUACCGACAAUGUUUCAGUUACGACAGACAUUUGGACAUCUGACAGCAACAGGAGUUAUGUUACGGUAACAUGUCAUUUUAUCUGCGAAGAAGAAUUUUUCUCCAAAGUGUUAUCAACGGAAGAAAUUUUAGGACAUCACACAGGUGAAAAUAUUUCCAAUAUUUUGAAGGAGAUCUUCUGUAGGUGGAAUAUUCUUCAUAAAAUCACUACCAUAGUGUCAGACAAUGGGCCGAAUAUUAAAUGUGCUAUAAUUGAAUUUUUAAAAAAACAUCACCACCCUUGUGUAGCACAUACGUUGAACUUAAGUGUAAAUGAUGCUCUUAAGAAUAAUACCGAAUUUCAAUGUAUUUUAAAUAAGUGUAAAAAAAUUGUGGGACACUUCAAUCACAGUGCAUUAUCGUGCAACAAACUCAAGUCGGUACAACAACAAAUGGGGUUUCCGGUUCUCAAGGUAAAACAGGACGUUACAACUAGAUGGAAUUCAACUUUAUUGAUGUUGGAAAGAUUGGUAACCAUCAAAGAUGCCUUAUCAAUUACCAUGACAAAAAUUGAUAAGGCGCCAGAAUUUCUGGAUGCCAGUGAAUGGGGCGUCAUUGAGGAAAGUUUGAAACUGUUGAAACCAUUAGAGAUAAUGACAACCGCUUUAUCGGGUGAAAAAUAUCCAACUUUAUCAACUGUGAUUCCACUUUUGAGGGGUCUUCAGUUUUCGUUGAAUAGGAUGGAUACCACCACAGACAUUUGUGGAAAUUUAAAACAGAGCUUAUUAGAUACAAUUGCUCGUCGAUUAGGGAUAUUAGAAUAUGACAAAAUAAUUUCAAAAGCCGUCUUUCUAGAUCCAAGAUUUAAAAAAUUGGCAUUUGGGAAUGAUACUAAUGCGAAUAACGCCCAAAAAUGGAUAACUGAAGAACUAACAGCCAUUGUUAAUGAAAACAGUAAUGCGGAAAUUCAAGAACAUCAACACACUUCAGUAUCUGAUGACAACAAAGGAGACUUAGAUAUAUGGUCCCAUUUUGACCAUAAAUUGGCCAAAGCAAAAUCCUUAUCAACACCAACCAGUACUGUCACUGUAAUUCUACGACAAUACCUAGAAAUGCCACAUUUCGAAAGAAAAAAAAACCCGAUGGAAUUUUGGAAAAAAUACAAAUCCACUUUCCCUGAGCUGUAUUAUUUGGCUAAAAAAUAUUUGUCAAUACCUGCCACAUCAGUACCUUCCGAAAGGGUAUUUUCAAAGUCUGGGCAGUUAACAAACCUACGAAGAAAUCGGUUAUCACCCAAAAAUUUGAAUCAAAUUUUAUUUUUAAACAGCACAUAA